AAGUUCCUCGCAGUUUCGCGCUUCCUCUGCACUCAACAAUCUCAUCAAAACAAACUCUCUCUAAGUAGUAAAUUAACACAAGUGGUUCGUGGGUUGAAGGUAUCUGUUUGCGAAUUCAUUUCGGUUUUGUUUUUGAAUGAUAUUUUUCUGGGAUUUCUCGCACAAGGGUUUUAAGUUCCUGAAAGGGUUUCGAUCAAGUUACCGAAUGUGUUUGCUUUUUUGUUCAUUCGAAAAUUGAUCUCCUUGAUGAUUAAUAUGUUCAAGUGAGCGCCAUCAAUGGGUUCAGAUUAUGGUUAUUCAAGCACUAGAAAUUUAGGUAAAACCCAACUUGGUGGAGUAAUUUUUGGUGCCAAAAAGACAACAAUCAAAGAAUGUAUUUCAAAGCAACUCUUUGGUUUACCACAUCAACACUUCGUGUAUGUGAAAAAAAUCGACCCUGGUCUCCCACUAUUUCUCUUCAACUACACAGAUAGAACAUUACUUGGCAUCUUUGAAGCUGCAAGCUCUGGUCAAAUGAACAUUGACCCUUAUGCAUGGAAUAGUGAUGGAUCACAAAGAACACCAUAUCCUUCUCAGGUUCAAAUCCGAGUAAAGCUGCAAUGCAAACCAUUAACAGAGAUUCAAUUCAAACCAAUAAUUAUGGACAACUACUUUGCUCAGAAUCUCUUCUGGUUUGAACUAGAUCAUGCUCAAACAAAUCGGUUAUUAUCUUUAUUAUCAUCUCAAGCUUUUUCGGGUCCAUGUACAACACUUAUUCCACAUGGUACAACAAAACCAAAAACAUUUUUGCCUUUAGAAAACGAACGUGUACCCUAUAUGCCCCUAGAAGUCACUGGGAAUUUAAAUAGUUCCAAGAGUUUGCCUAACAAUAUAAAAGAUAUCAAGACUUUUAACAUUGCUAAUGAGAAGGAAGCUAUAUGUAUGAAGCUUAAAGAACUUGCUUUAAAGCGUAAAAAUUCUGAAAAACAUGAAAAUGUUACUUCUGUUGUAAAUGAUAUGCUGCCCAAAGUUGCUGCCCGACCUUCUUCUGCUGACCGAAAAGAUGAGUCCUCUGUUGUUGUUGUGAAAGAUAUGAGUGUGGAGAAUAUUGGUUCUUUAUCCAAAGAUCAUCCUGUCAUUGCUCAGUUGAUUCAAAAAGUUGAAGAUUUGAUGGUGUGUAAAAUAGCACAAAAUGACAAGAUUGUUCAUUUGGAAAAGAAGAUUGCUUAUAUGGAGCAGAAUCUGGCUGAAGCGGAAAUGGAAAUCAAGAACCUAAAAGAUCUGUGUCACAUUGUUGAAACAUCUGUAGAUAGUCAAGAGUUUUAUGAAAUAAAAGGAGAUAAUGGAAUGAAUUUGGAUAAUUCGGUUGAUAAUUCGAUCCUUCUUGUUGGUGGAUAUGAUGGUGUAUCAUGGUUAUCAUCAUUAGAUUGCUUUACACCUUCACAAAUUAUGACUAGACCUCUUGAGCCCAUGAAUGGUGAAAGAUGUUAUGCAGCUGUAACAAAGUUAGAUGGUGAUAUUUUCGUGUUUGGUGGUGGGACAUCUGGUCAGUGGUUCGAUACAGCUGAAUCAUAUAAUCCAGGAGCAAAUCAGUGGACAAUUUGCCCUCCAUUAAGUAGGAAAAAUGGAAGCCUUGGUGGAGCUACAGUGAAUGAUAAAAUUUAUGCAGUUGGUGGUGGAAAUGGUGUUGAAUGCUAUUCAGCUGUUGAAAUGUUGGAUUUUGAUAUUGGCUCUUGGAUUCCAACACGCUCUAUGCUUCAAAAGAGAUUUGCUUUGGCUGCUGCUGAACUUAAUGGGGCGCUUUAUGCUGUUGGUGGUUAUGAUGAAAACUACUACUUGAGGACUGCUGAAAGAUUUGAUCCCAGAGAACAUUCUUGGAAGAAAAUAGCGAGCAUGAGUUCAGUGAGGGGAUGCCCUUCUAUGGUUGUUUUGAAUGAAAAAUUAUAUGUUAUAGGAGGUUAUGAUGGUGAUGCAAUGGUGUCAACCGUAGAAGUCUAUGAUCCUCGAGCCGGAUCAUGGAUGACCGGAGAGCCAAUGAACCACCCUCGGGGAUUUUCGGCCGCCGCGGUCGCCGGAGAUUCUAUUUACGUUUUUGGUGGCCUCAAAAGUGGCAAAGAAAUCAACGACACCGUUGAAUGCUACAAGGAAGGACGAGGGUGGGAAAUGACAAAUUCCAAUGUUGCUUGGCGAAAGUGUUUUUUAUCGGCUAUUGCUCUAUGAAUAUGAGCAAAGGCUAAUUUUCGCUAAACCGGUUUUGUUAAUAAAAUGUUGUUGGAUUUAUGGUAUGGAGUUUAUGGAGUAAAUUGGUAUUAGGGUAACAUAUGGGAGAUUUAUGGUUUUGGCUAUGAUCUAAUAUUGCCAAUCGUUUGUAAGUAACAAAUUUGUAGAGAUUUAUGGUUUUUGGAUCGAGCCUAUUUUAUUUCUUUUAGCUUCUUUAAGAAAAUAUUGAUUAACUUGAA